UGAACGUCAAGAGCAUGCCCUGGUGAGCGGGCUCUUCCUCUGGGGGAGCCCAGCACGCUCCGGGCGCCUGCCCGUUUGGGGGUGCCUCCUCCCGGGGCGCCAUGGCGGCGCUGGCCAGUAGCCUGAUCCGGCAGAAGCGGGAGGUCCGCGAGCCCGGGGGCAGCCGGCCGGUAUCCGCACAGCGGCGCGUGUGUCCCCGCGGUACCAAGUCCCUUUGCCAGAAGCAGCUCCUCAUCCUGCUGUCCAAGGUGCAACUGUGCGGGGGGCGGCCCGCACGGCCAGACCGCGGCCCGGAGCCUCAGCUCAAAGGCAUCGUCACCAAACUGUUCUGCCGCCAGGGUUUCUACCUCCAGGCAAAUCCCGACGGGAGCAUCCAGGGCACCUCAGAGGACACCAGCUCCUUCACCCACUUCAACCUGAUCCCCGUGGGGCUCCGUGUGGUCACCAUCCAGAGUGCCAAGCUGGGUCACUACAUGGCCAUGAACGCCGAGGGGCUGCUCUACAGCUCGCCAUAUUUCACAGCUGAAUGUCGCUUUAAGGAGUGCGUCUUUGAGAAUUACUAUGUCCUGUACGCCUCUGCUCUCUACCACCAGCGCCAUUCUGGCCGGGCCUGGUACCUAGGCCUGGACAAGGAGGGGCGGGUCAUGAAGGGAAACCGAGUCAAGAAGACCAAGGCAGCUGCCCACUUUGUGCCCAAGCUCCUGGAGGGUGCGUAUGGACUCAAGAAAAGUGGCCAUGUACCGGGAGCCUUCUCUCCACAGUGUCCCUGAGACCUCCCCUUCCAGUCCGCCCGCCCUCUGAAAUGUAGUCCCUGGACUGGAGGCUCCCUGCCUUCCCAGUGAGCCAGCCACCACCACAGCCUGUCUCCCAGCCCUGCUCCUGGCCCUGCUCUCUCCCCUGCUGCCAUACACAUGCCCUGAGCAGCCAGGUCUCACCAGGUGCUCUACCCUGAGGGAGCCAAAUGGCUGGCUGUGACUUUGGGGACUGCUGAGACCCUUAGAUUCUUGGGUCUGGGAGGGGGUCAGAGAGGGGGAUGUCUGAAAAUGUCUUUGGCUUAUCACUUCUUUCUUUCCACACUCCCCCCUACCCACAAAGUCUUUUCCUGCGAUGGCACUGGGAAUUCCAAAGCUGACAGAGCCAGGGCAUAAACACUCCCCACCCCAGGCUCAGCCAAUUCCUUUGGCCCUGUGCCCCUUUUCAUUGCCACUGAGCCAUAGAUUUGUAGGUCCACGGGAGCUCAGGAUUAGUUUCCUUCUUUCCCUACUUUACUUUCUGCCUUGGACUGGGCAGGUUCUGGAACACUGGACACCCCAGCCAGGGCCGUUUCUGCACUAGGGCUCUGUGCUGGAAGCCAAGCAUGCUGCCAGACUCUUCUGGAUCCAUCAGCCUUCUAUCCUUGACCCUGAUGGACUCUAGAGAGAGGCUGGAUUUGAGUCCUACCUAGCUGUUGGCCUUGGCCUGAACUGGGACCAGUCUCAGAUCACCACAGGUUUAACCUUCUUAUCCCAGAGACACCCAAUUGUAGAACAUGGUGUUCUAGACCUUAACAGAGCAAUACUUCCUCCUGAAUCUGAGCUCUAGGACAUAGACCAUGACUCUCAGCCCUUCUCCCCUGGAUGCAACUGGGGCCUGUAUAGCCAUAUUAUUGCUCUAGAGUAAGUUCUAGGCCCACCUUCCCACCUUCUCUAGUGAUACUUAUUAAGUAUGAGCUCUGGAAAGGACCCAGCUAUGAUUCAUAAAGAACUAAGUUCUGGAUGCAUCAAGAACCACUUCUUAUUUUUCCUAGAUAAUUUUCUAAAACUUUUAUUCUUCCAUAUAGAACACUAACCUUAUUUUUACAUGCAGUUUCUAGCUCCUGAAACUCAGCUGGGGUCCUUCCAGGGAAGCAAAGUCUGGGGGAGGGCAGAGGAAUUUUGGAAGGAUCCCUGGCUUAUAGUAGGGAAGCUGGGGUGGGGAAGGGGCCAAAACCAUGGCAUGAUUCAACCUGUGUCUAGACUAGGGGGACAUGAACACUUAGCUACCUCAGCAGGAAUUCCUUCCAGGUCCCCUUUAAAGCUGAGGUUUUUAGGGUAGUGGGUCUAGAAUAAAAGGACAAAUGGGACACAGCCUUGACUCCCCUUCCAGUGAGGAGACCCCAAUUCAGCAAUAAGUGCUACCCCUCUUUCCUAUAGGUCAGGCCAAGGAGGGUGAGGGCCUCCUGGGCUGCAGGCCUCAUAUACCCCCAGAGCUACAGAGUAGAACUGGCUUUACCCUACAGCUUAUAAACUCAGCUGGGUACCCAAAAAGGGCCUGACGAGAUUUACGGGGAAAACGUGGAGAUCUAGGUGCAGGCCUGGAAAAAACUGAGAACCCACUAGUGAACUAGGAGGUAAACCAGGAGUAGCCUCAGAUCUGAGCAGGAGAGACUAAGGUUGCCCUAAGGGAGGGGCAAGAACUCAAAGGCAGGUCACUUUUCCUCAGGCUCUUUUACCUCUGGCUUGUUGCAAGAGAGGUAGAUGUCCCCCUUACCCACACAAACCCUGCUCAGGCUCCACCUGUCUCCUGGCUCUGCUCCCAGGGGACCGGGUCUAUACUCCAGGCUUUAUCAA